GAUGAGUUUGGUUUCCACGUGUCAUCUCAAUCUACAUUUAUUUUCCCUCAGAAAGGCCAUUCACCCGUUUCCAUGGAACUGAAUUCAGGAAAAGGAUAAGGAGCCAAAAUGAGCUUCUCAUUCGGCCUCCAUGUUCCCAAAGCUUUGCCUCCUCUUCCUUCUUCACCACGUGGAACUGCUUCUCUCUUUAUUGCUUCAAAACACAAACCAUACCACAACAACAACAGUGUUUGCCGAUCACUACGUAUAACAUGCAGCAGCCACAAACCAAAUGAUGAUCUCAGUCUAAAGCAAACAAGUUUGGCACUGCAUAUAGGAGCACUCCUGGCCUUGGCCGAGCAGCCAGUAUUAGCACUGACCGGAGAGAAUAACAGGCCAGAACUCACCUGGGUUUUGACACAAUGGGGGAUUGUUCUCUUUGUCUAUUUCCUUAUUGUGCCACCAAUAAUCAUGUACUGGCUUUGGAAAAGAUGGUACAGAAGAGGUUUGUUGGAGAUGUAUUUGCAAUUCAUGUUUGUCUUCAUUUUCUUCCCAGGGGUUAUACUUUGGGCACCAUUUUUAAACUUCAGGAAAUUCCCAAGGGACCCUUCCUUGCAGUACCCUUGGUCUAUACCUGAGGAUCCUUCAAAAAUUAGAAGUUCAUACUCGAAGUACCCAUAUGCCGAACCUGAAGAUUAUGAUAAUCUAUGAAAUCGAGACCAAAACUCAACAAAUCAGAUGUUACAUAAAUGCGCAGCUCUCCAAAACUACAUUGUUGUAAAUGUAGGGUUAUACUUAUUUUCCGCUUUUGAUUACAAAAUGAAUUUAUUGAAUGCGAUUUAGUUGCAAAAAUGAAAUGUAGACCAUCAAAUUUGCACUUUCACUGUCGAACAAUUUCGAUUCGAAUCUGGAAAAGAAACCAGUAACUUUUUACACUAA